GCCUGGCGGCUUCCUGUUUCCAAUCCCAGCCUCAGAAACCGACUCCACCACCACCGCCUCCUUUCCCUUUCCCUUUUCCCUGCAUCUUCUAAACCUCAUCGCCUUUCUUAAAUCAGUUCACCUGCGUGCUUCUUGCUAUUCCAUCUGCUUUCCCCUUCUUCUUCUUCUUCAUCGUCGUCAUCUUCUUCUUCAAGAUCGGACGAUCCGGAAGGGGAAUAAGCCGGAGGAUGGCCGAGGAGCAGCGACUGCAGGAGAGCCACCGCCUCUGCGCCAACAACUGCGGCUUCUUUGGCAGCCCCGCGACGAUGGACCUCUGCUCCAAGUGCUACCGCGAUCGCUGCCUCAAGGAGGAGCAGCAGCAGCAGCAGCAGCGGCAGAAGAACUGCCUCGCCUUCCCCGUCUCCUCCUCGUCGUCCCCUUUCGCCGCGGCUGAGGCGACGGGUCCCUCCGCCGCGACCGCCUCCCCGACCUCUUUGUUCUUUUUGGCGGACGCUGUGGAGGAGGAUGCGGAAGAGAAAAAGGGGAAGGCGGUGGCGGUACCUGGGCAGCCGAACCGCUGCGCGAGUUGCCGAAAGCGGGUGGGGCUGACGGGAUUCAAGUGCCGGUGCGGCGCUACCUUUUGCGGCGCGCACCGACUGGCGGAGCUGCACGGCUGCACCUUUGAUUUCAAGGCCGCCGGCCGUGAGGCCAUCGCCCGUGCCAACCCCGUCGUCAAGGCCGACAAACUUCAAAAGAUCUAAAAUGGUUUCCACGGCCCCUGCCUGCCGAUCAACUGCUCCGAUGUCGCCGUCGUUGGUUUCCUUUCUCCGGUGUUUGUGCUCUAUGAUUUCCUUUCUUUUCUUUUCUUAUUGUUUUAGUUAUUGUUUUAGUGGGAGAAGAUGAUGAAUUGAUGAACA